AUGGACGGUGGACACAGCCUCAGGAUGGACGUUACUGUACGAGAGCUCAUGGAGCUCUUUCUGCAGAGCACGCUGGUGGCGGGGGUGACCCGCCACCAGGAGACCCUGUUUAACUUGCAGAGGUUGGAGGUCCCAGACAUGGCCCUGGAGGAGCUGGAGUUUCUCUCCAGCAACAUGACCUGUCGCCUCAGGAGGCUCUUAAUUGAGCAAGACAGUUACAGGGAGCUGGUCGUGACCAUGACCCAGGAGUGGAACACCAGCAGCCGCCCCAGCGAGGACACGCAGCCCCUGGCCGUGGAGCUGGCGGACACCAAGGCCACGCUACGCGGAGUCAGGCAGGAGCUGGAGGAGAAGACGAAGCAGCUGGCGGACGCCAGGCAUCAGUUGUACCAGCUGGUGCUGGUGCUGCAGGAGGCCCGGCGCAAUAACAUGGAGUUGGCAGCCAGCGCCCAGGCUGCUCCUGCCCUCCCUGAGGUGGACUCCCUGAGGGAGAAGGUGAGGCAUGUGGAGAGGCUGGAGAUGGAGGCGAUGGGCCUCAGGCAGAAGGAGAAAGACAUAGACUUCUAUUGUCUGGCCUUGCUCACCACAUCUCCGUAUGGAGACUUGGGCACCAUGACUCAGGUGCCGACUGGAGACGAAUAUUUUUCCAUGGACACCGAGGGCCAUCUCCAGGACCAUUGGAUUUGGUAUUGGAUUGAUAAGCUAUUCGAGCGGGAGGAGGAGAAUGUGCAGCUGAAAUCGAGGCUGCACCACCUACAAUUGGCCCGGGACACAGACCAGAAAUGCCUUGAGGAGCUGCGGGAAGAGAUCAUGGCCCUCAAGACUGCACAAGGGCAGAGUGUGGAGGAGUCCGCCCACCUGCACUGGGAGCUGGAGCAGCUGUCCCAGUGCCAGGAGCUUCCAGGUGACAGCACGCUGAUGCCCAGGGGGGUCUUCGAUCUGUCGGGGGAGGAGUGGAAGCUCGGGAUGCAGGAGGCGUCCCCAGUGGUCACUCGCCUCCAUGAUAGUUGUACCCGGGGCAUGGUUUCCUCCGUUGAUUUCAUCAUCGGACAGAUGGCCUCCAGCUGCUUCCUGAAGCUGGACAAGGAGAAGCAGAGCCUCCAGGACACCAUCCAGGGGCUGCGCGACGCCUCCCUGGCCCUGCAGGAGAGCAGCCUCCAGCGCCGGGAGCUGGAGAAGGAGAACCAGCAGCUCAGAAAGCAGAUUGAAGACUGGCAAGUCCAGAUGGAAAGAGAAAAGCAGACCAGCCGGGAUCUGGCGACUCUCUGUGAGGAGCUGGUGGAGGAGAGAGAACAGCUGCUCCGUGACAUCGAGACCCUGAAGGCUGAGGAAGCCCAGGAGUUCAAGGAUCUUAAACAACUGGUGCGUUCACUGCGGGAUAGUUCACAGACCAGCAGCAAGGCCCGCAUGAAGGGCCAGAAGACUGAGAAAAAAGUGCUCCUCCAGACGGUGACGGACACCAAAAGGAAAGUGACCAUGAUGGAGUGGGAGCGGCGGCAGCUGUGCCGGGACCUGGAGCAGGUGAAGGCGCAGGCGGCGCAGGCACAGGAGCUGGAGCACAGGAAGGAGCUGCAUCGCCUGCAGGAGGAGAUCGAGAAGCUGGCCAUGGAGGUCAGCGCCCUGACGACAGCCCCCGAGAGGGUCCACGCCCUCGAGCGGGAGAGCCCGGACCUGUUGCUGGAGAACCAGAGGCUGCAGACGUCUCUGGACACCCUGCAGCCCGAGGGCCUGGAGCAGGACAAGCAGCUGGACACCAGGGUGGAAAAUUCCACUCUGAGCUCCCAGAGCUCCUCGCUCACUGCGCUCACAGAGCAGAACACGCAGCUCCAGCACCAGCAGCUGGCGGCAGCCCACAAGGCCCUGCAGCAGGAACACGCGUGCCUGGGCGCGCUCCAUGAGCGCCUGGCUAGGGAGCACGAGGCCCUUCUGGACAAGUACCGCCGCCAGAAGACACUGCUGAGUCGGACCCUGAAGCUGGAGAGCAAGGCUUUCAGUGACAGAUACAAGGACCAGCUCCAACAUAAGGCGGCGCUGGAGCAGCUGGGGACGCUCUUGACCACCGAGCGGGAGGCUCUGCAGCAGGAGCAGAAGACGAGUGCCAUGGCCGCCGAGGAGAACCAGAGGCUGCAGCGAGAGCUGGACAGGGCCAAUUCCCUGCACCAGCAGCUGAAAGGGGAGCAGGAGGAGCUGCAGACCCACACUAAGAAGCUGCAGACCUCCCUGAACGACACCCAGCUGCAGGUGAACUGCUGGCAGAACCAGUGCAACUGGCUGAGGGAGGAGCUUCAGAGCACGGACAUCUCGCUGACCGAGCUGGACAACCGCUGCCAGCUGGUCUCCCGCCUCAAGGGCAACUUAGAGGGAGAAAAACGUGACCUGCAGAGCCAAAUCCAAAGGCUGAAAGAGCAGAACCAGAGGCUUCUCCAGGAGGACGUGGAGGACAAGGACCAGCACCAGGAGGAGCAGCAGCUGUACGUAGACAAAUUCAAUGGCUUACAGAGACAAAAUGAAAAACUGGAAGAAAAAAGCAUGGCUCAGCACAAGUUCCAUGAUCCAGCGCCAAAGAAGAAAAAGCACUGGAUUGGAGCAAAAUUCUUACUCAAACUCAUCAAACUAAAGAAAGGGGGAUCCAGAGAAAGACCAAAGUCAACCCCACAGAGGCCUCCCUGGCCGCUGGGGUCCUCAGACCAGGCCUCGCCCAGUACUUCUCAGCCUCUUCAAUCGCAGCUGGAACCCCUCGAGGCCACCCCAUGCUGCUCAAAGGUGACAGAAGAGCAAGACACCUGCAGGGGGCCCAGGGGAAAAGUCCAGGCCUUCCCUUCAGCAGUUAAGGACAUGAGCAUCCAGCUAGCACCGCAAGAGAAGGAAAGUGAAGCUCUUAAAAGUUUUACUAAGUGGAUCUGUGUGCGCAGCAGCCCAGGAAUCCAGAUAUCGCGUGCCCUGUUGACCCAGGCUGUGGCAUCUCUGUGGGCCUAG